AUGUCUACUCUGCAGCCAGUCAACCCUAAACCUUUUCUGAAUAGUUUGACGGGGAAACCGAUUGUGUGUAGAUUGAAGUGGGGUAUGGAAUACAAAGGGAUUCUGGUGGCCGUCGACGGAUACAUGAAUCUGCAAAUGGCAAAUGCAGAGGAGUACAUCGAUGGCAACAACACAGGAAAUCUGGGCGAGAUUCUGAUCAGUUGGAUUUUAUUUAAAGAACAUAGCAUCCGGCAAGACACUCAUCGUUGGUGUUCUAUGGAUACUGAUAAUUUUGAAAAACUGUGGGAGCUUUUGUCCGACUCAGAAGAUGGAGCCGAGGUGGACAACGCUGAAGCGUUCAACACACUUCUGAAUUUGCAAAUCGUUCAGUUUAUUGAAUCUGGGAAAGCAGGCAACAUAGCGGAUGUAAUUAAACGAGAAGUUGAUGCGCUACUUGUUAGUUCGGAAAGCUUGGAUGUUGGGCAUAACUCUCAAGGAACAUCUUCAAGUCAGCGCGGUACAUCGACUGAUGCUGAGAAUCCUAAAUUGCAUCAUGCCUUCACUAGUGCGUCUGAACGGAUGGUGACGCCUAUAUUCUUUGGUAGGAACCAGAACAUGGCUAUGGUGUUCAAUUUUAAUGUGAAGCAAGGCGGUACAUGGCAGAAAGUACCGGAAGAGCUUCUUUGUAAUUACGAUUCAAUGGAUUCGGGCAGGAAUAUUGAUGAGAUAGGUAGAUUGUCACAGCAGCUUUUAUUCCAGGAUCAAGUUGAAUUGUUAACUGCUAUCAAGGAUGUUUUUGAAUGGCAGACAGUUGAACGUUAUGGUAUCGCGGCUAUUCUUCGCCUUAAUUUUCUUAAAAGUUUGUCGGAUUGA